AAGAGGGCCCCUUUGUUUCUGUGUGUGAAUUGUCAAAUCUCAAAGUAACUGAAUAAUACUACUCUCUUUCCUCUUUUCAAUCCCCUUCAUGAUUUCAGGGUCUUUUCCCAAUCCCUGUGCCUCUUGAUUCUCCUCCUCCUCCAAUAAUGGUCCACAAUUUCUAGUGGCUGUAAUACGUUUUGAGGGCGAAGGGCUAUGGAGGACGACGUGUUUUCUGGCCUUGCCAACGGCCAACAGAUCGAGAGCAAGGUCGUCCAAACGUUCCAGAAGAGUUUUGUGCAAGUGCAGAACAUUCUGGACCAGAACAGGGUGCUGAUCAGUGAGAUCAACCAGAAUCACGAGUCGAAGAUCCCGGAUAACCUGUCGCGGAACGUGGGGCUGAUCCGGGAGCUCAACAACAACAUCAGGAGGGUGGUCGAUCUGUACAACGAUCUGUCGAACUCCUUCGCCAAAUCCAUGGAGGCCUCCUCGGAGGGCGAGUCGGCCGGGGCGACGAGGUCUGAUGGAAGAGGUGGGCAGAAGAGAGUGAGAUCUGGUAAUUGAGAAUGUCUGGGGAUUUUUUUUAUCUAAUUCUUGAGGUGAUACAAAUACAGUUCUGGUUAGUGUAACUUUAUUUCUUGGGAAUUUUCUUGAUCUUUAGCUAGAAUUGAGCAUAUUUUUCUUGGGAUAAAAGGACUGUGGAUACAUAUAGCUAUCUAUCAUGGUAGUUGGUGUAAAUCUUGCAAUUGUAAUAUCAAAUUGAGCAUUAGCUGAUUAUACAUUUCCAAAACAAA